AUGUCAACACCAAUCAAGUUAGAUCCACCUACAGGAACCAGAGAUUUCUUCCCUCCUGAUGCUCGAAAGAGAGACUACAUUAUCCAGAAAUGGGAUGAAGCUUGUCAAGUCUAUGCUUAUGAACCUUACGAUUCCAGUGUCAUUGAAUCAACUCGAUUGUGGACAGAGAAGGAUCCAGAAAUGAUCAAGCAACAAUAUGCCUUUGAAACACCAGAUGGUGAACAAGUUUCAUUGAGACCAGAAAUGACUCCAACAUUGGCACGUUUGAUCAUGUCCCAAUUGAAAAUUCUCAGAAUGCCUUUGAAAUGGUAUUCCAAACCAGUGUGUUAUCGUUAUGAACAAACUCAGAGAGGAAGAAAGAGAGAAUUCUAUCAAUUGAACUGUGACGUUUGGGGAUCAAAGGAUAUUCUCGUCGAGGCUGAUAUUUUCAGUAUGAUUGUGUACAUGUUUAAAUCCUUUGGAUUGAAUUCGAAUCAAGUCACUUUGAAAUUCAGUUCAAGAAAAUUAAUAGAUGAGUUCUUGACACGAGAAUUGAAAUUGAAUUUGAGUGAGGAUGAAUUUUUAAAGACAUGUUCAGUGAUGGAUCAUGUGGACAAGUUGUCUAUGGAGGAUUUGUUGCAAAAAUUGAACAAGGAUGUUCCUUCCAUCCCAGAAAGUAUUGGUUUGGACAUGAUCAAGAAAUUAUCUUUUAGAAAGGGAAUUUCACAACGUUUGUCACCACAAGAAUCAUUGAAACUGUUCAAAGAGGGACUUUCUAGUGAUGAAUUUAAAUCAUCCGAGGCCAUCAAAGAAAUUGAAACCUUAUUGGAGUUGUGUGGCCCAAAUGGUUUUGAUAUUUUGGAAUGGUUAGAUUUCGACACUGGAAUUAUUCGAGGUCUUUCAUACUAUACUGGAAUUGUGUUUGAAGGAUUUGCAUGUUUUGGAGAUGUUAAGAGAGCUAUUUGUGGAGGCGGACGUUAUGAUGAAAUUCUCUCUACUUACGGUUCCAAUGAGAAUGUACCAGCAUGUGGAUUUGGUAUGGGCGAUGUCGUGAUUGGAGAAAUUUUGGGUGACUUUGGACUAUUACCUGAUUUUUCAAUGAAUCCCGUGGAUGAUAUUGUCAUUCCAUUCAAUGAAAAGUAUAGACAUGUUGCAAUUAAGGUCACACAAGUCCUCAGAGAAAAAGGAAGAAGAGUAGAAAUGUAUCUCAAAAAAGUGAAAAAACUCACUGUUGCUUUGGAUUAUGCAAACAAGUUGGGAGCCACUCGUGCCAUCAAUAUUUUCCCUGAUGAAUGGGACAAGGAAAAGAAGGUUCAAAUUAAGCUCCUUAGAGAGGAGAAUGCCGAAUCCAAAAUUACUUUUGUAACCUUGGAUGAAUUGUAA